AUGGAGGAGGAGAAUGCGUGUAACAUUUAUCAGGGAAGUUGGGUGAAAGACGCUUCCUACCCUCUUUACAAAACUUGCCCUUUUGUAGAGACGGCAUUCGAUUGUCAGAGGAAUGGCCGCCCUGACACAGGCUAUCUCAGCUACAGGUGGCAGCCCACCGCCUGCCAACUUCCGAGGUUUGAUGGGUUGGGUUUUUUGAAGAGAUAUAAAGGGAAGAAGAUAAUGUUUGUAGGGGAUUCAUUAGUUAGGGACCAAUGGCAGUCUUUGGCAUGCUUACUCUACAAUGCUCAGAAAGGCUUAACCUAUUCCCUUACUAGAGUGGGCUUUGUCUCUACUCUUACCAUUCCAGAGUACAACAUUUCUUUGUCGCUGGACAGGAACCCGUUCUUGGUGGAAUUGGUGACGGAGAAGAUGGGAAGAAUAUUGAAACUGGAUUCAAUCAACGGGAGCGGAUGGAAGGGGAUGGACUUGCUAGUUUUCGACACUUGGCAUUGGUGGAGUUAUAGACACGCCGAACAAGUAUGGGACUAUAUACAAAUAGGCAAUAGAUAUCUCAAGGACAUGGACAGAACUGAAGCCUUCGCACAUGCGGUUGGCACGUGGGGAGCUUGGGUGGAUGCUAAUAUUGAUCCAACUAAGACCCGUGUAUUCUUUCAAGGAAUCUCUCCCAAUCAUUACAAUGGGUCAGAAUGGAACGAGCCUAAAGCAAACAUGUGUGUGGGUCAGACAACACCUGUAAGUGGCUCGAAAUAUCCUGGCACAUACCCAACGGGAAUGGCUGUACUUAGAAGGGAGCUAGGUCAUGUGACGAAAGUUCCGGUUACUUUGCUAGACUUAACUGGCCUUUCACUGUUUAGGAAAGACGGACACCCUUCCAUAUAUGGAAACGCCAAUGUAAACGGCGGUUCACCAAGAUUCCCCGACUGCACACAUUGGUGCAUUGCCGGAGUUCCUGAUACUUGGAACCAGAUUCUUUCCUACCUUAUCCUCUCCAAACAAUGA